AUGCCAAUGAAAAUUUAGAAUAACAAUUUAGAAAUUAUCUGGAAUUAAGAGAUUGAUAUUAUAAUCUAGAGAUGUUCUUUAAGAAAAGGUUAAUUAUUUAAUUUUAAGUUUUAGAUAUAAUGAUAAUGACAAAAAGAAAUAUUUGUUAUUCCAAUAGAAAUCAAACAAUGGUUGGGAAGGUAAGAAAAUCUUCUACAAUUUUGACUAAAUAAACCAAGUAGGGAGUUAAUUUUAAUUUAGACUUUUAGAAUAUGAGUGAAUUGUACGAAAUGUGGUAAAAAUGGUUUCAAAAUUACUGAAGAGUGAUAACAAAAUUUUUCAAAACUUUUGAUAAAGAUAGAUAGUUAUUAAUAAAUGUAAAAAAAAGAUGCUUAAAAUGGAGUGAAUUAAAAAAUCAGCUUGCAAUAAACAGGCUGCACAAGGUUUAAGCUAUCGAUUUCUUUAUAGUCUUCUAUGAGAUCAUGAAAUAAUUAAGAGGAAAUAUAGAAAUGGAGUAAAAAUUAGAUAGUUCUUCUUCUGCUGGAAAAUACAUGCCAUUAAUUUUUAAAAAUUUAUUCUUUUAUCUAAAUUAUCUGGCAAGUCGAGAUGAAUCAAUAAAAGCCAUUGAGUUUUUUAAGUAUCCAAAUAAUUUUAGGAUAUUUCAUAUCCUAAUCAGAUAAAUCAAGAAAUAUAUCGAAAUGAUCAAUUUAAAUUCAACCAUCAGUGUCUAAAAACGAAAUCAAUCAAAAUCUAAAGUUGAUAUUUUUCAUGAAGAAGUGGAGUAAGUGAGAAUCUAGGCUUAGAAUAAGAAUUCAUUAAGAGAAAUGAACAACGAUUUAACUUAUAUAAAAACUCUUGUAAAUUGUUUAAUUGAUAAUAAUUUAUAAUUCUCAAAGUGUUGUACUAAUAAAAGUAAAGAAUUAGUUUACAAAAUAUAAAAUUAUGGAGUUACUUUCUUUGAUAUCUAAUAAAUUUUUAAUUAUACAGCUUUCCUAGUUAAACUAAAGUUUAUAAAGAAGAAUGUAUAAGUAUUGUAAAAUAAAUUUAAAAAGAUUGUAUAUCAGCCAAAAAAUCAAUAUCUUAAGGAAAAGUCAUGAAUAUUCAGAUUUAGUGUUCCUUAGACUGAGAAACCAAAUUAACUAAGAAGAUAAUUGUCGGCUACCCCUUAAUUAAGAGUUGAAACUAAUUAUGGAAUGA